AUUCUUCAUUCCAAUUAAUUAAAAGUGUUAAAUUAAAAUUAGAAAGGAAAAAACUAGACAAAAUGGUUCUACAACGAAACAAGAAGGUUUCCUUUUUGGUUGUUCUUCUAGCAAUUUCAGUAGCAACCAUUAAUUGCCAAACCUUUGAUGUGACCAAAUAUGGAGCAAAACCUAAUGGUCAAAUUGAUCAGGCCUUAGCGGACGCUUGGAAAGAAGCAUGUGCAGCACCAUCUAAGGCGACAAUAGUAGUUCCUAAAGGGACAUACAAUUUAAACAAAGCAUUUUUUCUGGGACCAUGCAAGUCUCCUGUGGUGUUUCAGAUGGACGGUAUACUAAUGGCCCCGAGCGCUGCCAAAGGCUUUAAAGAUGGAGAAGGUUGGGUCACUUUUGAAAAGCUCCAACACCUAACUAUCACUGGUACAGGAACUUUCGAUGGUAAUGGUGGACAAAGUUGGGGAAAGAAAUGCAAGAGAACAGAUUAUUGUGAACAACUCCCAAUUAACAUUAGGUUAAAUUUUAUAACUGACUCUGUGAUCGAGGGUAUCACAACAAAAGACAGCAAACAAUUUCACUUCACAGUUUUAGAAGGAGAGAACUUGUUAUUCACAAAUCUUAAGAUAAUAGCUCCAGAAGAAAGUUGGACCACGGAUGGAAUCCACCUUGGUCGUUCGACCAACAUCACUAUUACUGACACCACCAUUGCAACUGGCGACGAUUGCAUCUCUAUUGGAGACGGAACCAAACAGUUGAAGAUCACCAAGGUAACAUGUGGGCCGGGCCAUGGAAUCAGUGUUGGCAGUCUUGGAAAGUAUCAGAAUGAACUUCCAGUAGAAGACAUCACUGUCACUGACUGCACAUUCAAAGGAACCUCAAAUGGAGUCAGGAUCAAGACAUGGCAAGGGUCUACUGAUGGUGUUGCUAAGGGCAUGCACUUUGAGAAACUCACCAUGGAUAAUGUUGAAACGCCAAUAAUUAUUGAUCAGAAAUAUUGUCCAUGGGGCGCAUGCACACAAUUUGAAGGGAAGCCAUCUAAGAUCAAGGUUAGCGAUGUGGUGUUCAAAGACAUUAAGGGAACUUCUUCAACUCCUAAAGUUUUGUAUCUUGUUUGUGGGGCAUAUCCGUGCGAAGGUAUACAACUUAAUAAUAUUGAUCUCAAAACUACUGGUAGUAAGAUUAAAGGGCCAGCCAAAUCCGUUUGCACGAAUGUUAAACCCGAGAUGUCCGGCACUGUAAACCUACCGCCUUGCACUACUGAUGACUCUGCAUAAAUCCCGACAACAAUCAAUCAUUCAUUCCUUAUUAUAAUGAGUUAUUCAUCAUGACUUUAUAAUAAAUGAAUUAAAUGGGACACAAUUCUUAAUUACUCUAUUCUAUCUCAAUUUUGUUUCUUUUAUAUAUUUUGGUCAUUAUUUUGACCUUCACAUUAUUGUAUUAAUUUAUUUUAUUGAUUAAGUUGUUAUUUGUAUGGUUUAAGUUAUUAUUUUUUAAUUUGUUUCAACUCUACGAAGUUGCAUGACAGACAAAAA